GCGUGUACUGCGUUAAGCUAACCGAGACUAGUUAUAGCACUUGCAGAUCAUUGCUCUUUUGUUGAUUUUGAUUGCUUCCAUUGUCCUCAUUUAUAAGAUGUUUGGAUAAAAGCGUCUGCUAAAUGACUAAAGAUAAAUGUAAAUUUGUCUGACUGUAUUAUUUGGCAUUUUUCUGAUUUUAUCUUGUGAGAUCCCAAGACUUGCCCCUCAUCAGGUCACUGUCUAAGGUCUUGUGCAUUGUGCACAAUUAGUCAAUUCUAUCACAAGUACUUUAUCCAGCUUAUAGCCAACCUUACCUGAUCCUACUGACCUGCCUAGCUCAGUUCAGCCAAUCAGAUACUUUCUUUUAGUAUUGAUUACUCCUCUACCCAGCCUCUAUAUUUAAUCUCUCUAUUCUUUUAAACAUAAAUGCAGUGUCCACAUGGAAUUCCAUCCUUUCUGCACUUAUUUUGUAUUCUUUGCAUACAAAUCAUUACUAAUUUACAUUGUUUACCUCUUAUAAUAACAUCAUAUUCCAUGAGAGAGCUAUUGACAGCAAUCUCCCAGAAGUUUUGAUAAGGUACUGACCUCUGACCCUGGAAGGCUCUUGUUAGCUCAGGUCUUCUCUAGUGAGCAUCGUGUGAUGUCAGUGAUAGAUGCUUUGAGUAGCCAGGGCAUGAGUGCUGAGUAAGUAAUCCUAUUUGCGCAACCUGAGCUUCCUUCUCGCUUUCGGCAUGGCAAUCUCUUGAUCACUUCUCAACUCAAUGAAUCAGAAAAUGUGUUCUUCUCUCUUCAUCGCCAAGUUGGAAUAUAGAUUGUGUAGGUAUUUUGCCCUUGACUUUCUUUUGCUGCAUUCUGUGAAGAUGCAUAACAACAAUAUGUAGGAUGAAGAGAAUCAAAGGAAAGACUCUUUGAUGGAGCUUUCUCAAAGAGCAGCAAAAUGUACAAAGAAGCCUAGGGAAGUUUAUUAUCUAACAGACAUGGAUGAGCCUUAAUGGGCCACCUAAACUCUGAAGGGAGAUUCAGCGAGUCCUUAACUCAUGGGUAAUGGUGGUGAGAUAAACCUGUAUAUGCCAUGGUAACAUUCAGCGACACGACUGGCAUCCACAUGAUGCCUCCACCCUCUUGUAUACCCACUCCACAGUCACCAGGCUUGCGGCGCAAACAACUGCUGUGGCAAAACGCUGUGAAACACAUCAUCAACCAACGGGGGCUGAGACAGCAGUUUGGCGUUGAGCCAGCCCGGAAAAUUCAUGUCACUGAUGCCUAUAUCGAGGAAAUCAACCGACAGAUACGCUGCAAAGCAUCACGGGGUAUAACUAAAUGGCGUUCCUCGGUUGCCAGAAUUCAUCCAUCCUUUUUCGAGGAACGUAGCUGUUCAUCCAGUACUCAAACUAGAACAUCUCGGGACUAUGUCAGUGAUGCUGACUUUUUUGUGCACUGGGGCCACAUUAUCCACGGGGUAUAUGUGCCAACAUUGAGACACAUCUUUAAAUCCAAAGACCUUGAGAAACUCUACCAGCGCCAUUCCUCACAUACUAGAAGAACCUCAUUAGUUGUCACAAACAUUAUUGAUGCAGCUGCCAAACUGCACCUUCUUUUGCUCUACCUGGCCUUGGUGCCAGACGGUUCAGACAUACUGCUAGGCUGGUUUACGGGGUUUUUCAUGGCUUGUGCAAUUGCCCUGUGUAUUUUGGUACUCACCUGUAAACGCUCACACUCCCCAAGAUGGUUGCAUUACGCUGGUAUGGCUAGCUGGCUGUCACAGACUACUCAAGUGCUGAGUGGGCUGGCAUACGGGUUGGAAAGAGACCAGUCCUGGUAUGUACUUUUCACCCUGUUUGCCACAUACACCCUAUUGACAUUGCCACUGCUCUGGGCUAUUGGAGCUGGCACACUCACCUCAAUACUUCACCUCACUACAGAGACAAUACGUCACAUCAGCGAAGUGGGACUGCUAAGAAAGAUUCUCCCCAAGGCUUUACUAUACACAAGCAUGAAUGUGGCAGGCCUGUUCAUUCAUUACCUGACUGACCGGUCCCAAAGACAAGCCUUUCUUGAGACACGCCGCUGCACUGAAGGCCGCAUGAAAUUAGAGACAGAAAACCAGAGACAGGAGCGUUUGGUGCUGUCGAUCCUGCCCCACUUUGUUGCCUUGGAGAUGAUUGCCGAUAUGUCUUCUAUGGAUGAUGAUCUUGAUCCACAGCAUUUUCACAAAAUAUAUAUUGAUUACUAUAAAGAUGUCAGUAUCCUCUUUGCUGAUAUAAAGGGCUUCACACUUUUAUCCAUGAACAUGUCUGCUCAGGAGUUAGUGCGCUUACUCAAUGAGCUCUAUGGACGUUUUGACCGGCUAGCCGACGAAUAUGACUGCUUGAGAAUAAAAAUCUUAGGGGACUGUUACUACUGUGUAUAUGGGGUACCAGAGCCUCAGCGAGCACAACAACAAAUAUUGCUUUAGAAGAGUAAUCUUUAUCUGUAUAUCUUUAGAUCUAUAAAGAAACAACUGAACAUUGACAUGGAUAUGCGAUUUGGGAUCCACUCUGGCUCUGUUCUUUGUGGGGUUCUGGGUCUACAAAAAUGGCAGUUUGAUGUGUGGUCUUGGGAUGUAGGCAUUGCCAACAUGCUUGAAGCAGGGGGGAUCCCUGGACGCAUCCACAUUUCACGUGCUACUUUGGACUGCCUGGAUGGAAGCUACCAAACAGAGGACGGGCGUGGAUAUGAACGCAAUGAGUUCCUACGAAAACACAAGAUUGACACUUUCCUUAUCUGCCACAAGGAGGAGGAUCAAGAUGAAAUGGAAGCAGAACAUUUAAAAACUCAGCAAAACCACCGCCCCUGGAACAAAGAGAUAUUGGCCUCCUUCUCCCAUGGGUCUUACACACAACUUCCUACAUCCUCAGUGUGCAGAUCUACAUCCAAGGCGAUCAACAAACGGAUAGAGCAUGCUAUAGAUCUUCGCAGCAGUGAGCGCAUGCGUCAGGAGCAUAUCACUUCAGCCACAAUGGUGUUUAAGGAUACACACAUUGAGGAGAAGUUCUCUCAGGUAAGGGAUGAGAUGUUUAAGACCAAUCUAGUAUGCUCCUUCAUCAUGUUUCUUCUUCUCAUGGCUGUCCAAGCCCUCAUUCCUGUACCCAGGACAGCACUGCAGUUCUGUCUACUCUUGCUGGGAUAUCUAUUAUUGCUUAUGAUGGUCUUGGCUGAAGAGUUUAAACAUUCUCCCAGUGUCCUUCAGCAGUUCUGCUGCUGGAUCCAUGAAAACAACAAUAUGCGGAACCUUCUCACUGUCAUAGCUAUAGCCAUCAACUUUGGCAUGGCUCUGUUUGACAUGAUAUGGUGUCACUCUAUUGAGACAAGAGAAAUAAUCACCAGUGAAACAGAGGAAUAUCAGACCAGCCAGAAGCCUCUUACUGCCUGCAUGUAUCCAGAGUUCUUCCUUCUAAGUGGAGUGGUUUCUAUGGUGACCUGUGUUGUGUUCCUGAGGCUGAGCUCUCUCUUAAAAUUGGCUGUUCUGUUGUUGGUGGUGGUGAUAUAUACUUACUUCAUUGAAGUGUCCUUCCACAUGCUGUAUGUACAUAAUCCAGAGCAGGAACAAUCAGGCAGGUCUCAAUACCUCAGAAGAAAGGGAGUCUCAGUUCUGUUGAUGGCAAUGUUUGUCAUAGCUGUGUUCUACAAUGGUCGACGGUGGGAAGCAACAACACGGCUAGACUUCCUGUGGCGUUUGCAAGCUCAGCAGGAAGUGCAGGAGAUGAGAGAUCUGAGGGAACACAAUGAGUGUCUGCUGCACAACAUCUUGCCUGCACACGUUGCUCGUCACUUCCUAGAAAGGAACAGAAAUUAUAAGGAGCUGUAUUCUCAGUCCUAUGAUGAGGUGGGGGUAAUGUUUGCCUCCAUCGCUGGCUUUAAUGAAUACUACGAGCAGAAGGAGAUCAAUCACGAGGGAGUUGAGUGUCUCAGAUUGCUCAAUGAGAUCACUGCAGACUUUGAUGAGCUGUUGGAGGAGACAUAUUUUUUGGACAUUGAGAAAAUCAAAACCAUUGGGAGUUGCUACAUGGCUGCGUCUGGUCUAUCACCUGAUAAACAGUCUCGUGUUGUAAAUGACUGGCAUCAUCUCAGUGAGUUGGUUCUGUUCGCUCUGGCUAUGCAAGAGACCUUGAAAGAGAUCAACAAAAAACAUUCCUCAAACAAUUUCCAGCUCCGCGUUGGUAAAGGGUCAAUGAACAGACCUCAGUCAGAGUAUAUGCCAUAUUUAAUGUGAUGUAAAUGAGGCUGUAAAUAGAAUAGUAAAUUGUACUUGCAGUCGUUGUGCACCUAGGUGCCGGUCACAAUACAUUUCCACAAAAUAUGGGUCAUACGACAGAUUGAGCAGACUGUACUUAUGUUUCGUACAGUCUUGUUUUGUUUCAUGUCACAUUCAGCAAGAUUUCAGUCUAUUCUUAUAACACUGAAUGCCUUCGAAAGACUUGCUGUUUUUGGAUCUUGACAGACCCUGGUGACUAAACACUUUCAUUCUAAAAUAUUUUCUUUUUUCCAUCUCAUUAAACAUGUCAGCUUCUCUGAUUAGGAAGUCUACACAGUCACAUGUAAUUCAUGCCAAAUAACAAUGAGUAUAUAUGAGUAACUUCAAUGUACCCCUUUAGGAAUUGGUACAUUGGUCCUGUUGUUGCUGGAGUCAUCGGUGCCACCAAACCCCAGUAUGAUAUCUGGGGCAUGACAGUGAAUUUGGCAAGUCGAAUGGACAGUACUGGUGUCAGUGGAAAGAUUCAGGUCCCUGAGGCCACAAGUAAUAUUCUAGCAGACUGGGGCUUUGUGCUAGAGUUGUGUGGUGAGAUAUUCAUAAAGGGCAUCAGUGAGAGAAAGGGACAUGUCCGAGCGUACUUCAUCAGCACCAAAAGGCAGCAGCUGUCAAGCAACGGGAUUGCAGACACAAGUAGAAUAAUGACUAUUUUUUGUACCAAUUUCAUAAUGUAUAUUUUCAUGAACUUCACUUGGGCCACACAUUUAGUAAGGUUCUUGAUACACUACAUGCUUUGAAGAUUUGCACAUACAGUCAUGGCCAAAAAUAUCGGCACCUUGGUAUAUGAUCAAAGAAGGCUGUGAAAAUUAAUCUGCAUUGUUA